CGUGAUUGAUGUAUUGGGAAGGAAUGAACAUCAGGUGAAGUGAUAUCCGGUUUCCGUUUCACACAAUUGUUGUGCAUUUGUUUCAAUCGUUCCGUGCGUUCAUUGCAUUCACUGCUCAGACUGCAGUCCACUCUUUUGCCGCACUCUUGUCGGCGAUUAGUGUCUCACGUGUUGUCUCAUUGGCGCCAUUCCUACCAAACUUACCAUUCAUUCAUAGGAUCUGCGAAUUGAUACCAAUAUCUCAUUGUUUUGUGUCUUUCAUUUACAGUCCUUUUAGUCAUUCAUUUAGUCCUUUGUUUUUAAAUUAUUACUUAAAUCACAUCCAAAUGGCAGACAAUUCAAAGGGCCAAAUCGUGGAGAACACGGCUGCCAUUGAUGUCGAGUCUGGAGAUCUGGACGAAAAGCAAUUGGGCGCUCUGACCGCACAAGUGAUGAACAAUCCGGAAGUGUUGGCGGCCAUGCAGUCGAAGUUGGCGGGAAUGGUAGGCCUGCCGUCUGGCUAUUACGACACACUUCCGACGGUUGUCAAGAGACGGGUGAAGGCGCUGAAGAACUUAGAAAUGGAGAAAAUCAAGAUUCAGAGCCUAUUCUACAAAGAGUUACACGAAUUGGAGACCAAAUACGAAGUGAAAUACAAUCCC